CAGAAGGUGCCGCCGCCUCUCACUUUGUUCACUGCGCCUGCUGUCCUGCCGCUACUCGUCGCCCACCAUUUCCGGCGUUGUCAGUAGGCCGUUUACACGACUUCCUUUCUUAGUUCUGGCUGUCUCCAAUUUCGUAACUUCAUUCUCUUAAUUAAGAUAUUCAUGGGUGUGAUUGACACCUCAUCUCUUUGUUCACUGAAGUGCAACACCAAUUUUCACCAAUUUGUGGUACCAGACAGACUCUUUUUCUCGUUUGAAGGAAACAAGAGAAGGGUCAUUGCUAUGGCUUCCAGUAUGCCAUUAGACCAACAGGUGAAUCAGGGUCAGCAGGGUUUGACUGGUGACUCAUUUAUUCGACAACAUUUGAGGAAAUUGUCACCUUAUCAGCCAAUUUUGCCCUUUGAGGUUUUGUCGAUCAAACUUGGAAGAAAACCUGAGGAUAUUAUCAAAAUAGAUGCAAAUGAAAACCCCUAUGGUCCACCUCCAGAGGUUAGUCAAGCAUUGGGACAAUUGAAAUUCCCGUAUAUCUAUCCUGAUCCUGAAAGUCGCCGACUGCGUGAUGCCUUAUCUAAAGAUUCAGGGCUUGAAUCAAAUCAUAUUCUUGUUGGCUGUGGGGCAGAUGAACUCAUUGAUUUAAUUAUGCGAUGUGUACUAGAUCCUGGUGACAAGAUUGUGGACUGCCCUCCGACCUUUACAAUGUAUGAAUUUGAUGCUGCUGUUAAUGGUGCACAUGUCAUCAAAGUUCCGAGGAAGUCAGAUUUCAGCUUGAAUGUGGAACUCAUUGCUGAUGCUGUUGAGCGGGAGAGACCAAAAUGCAUAUUUCUAACUUCUCCAAACAAUCCAGAUGGAAGUAUCAUCAAUGAGCAAGAUCUUUUCAAGAUCCUUGAGAUGCCCAUUUUAGUGGUAUUGGAUGAAGCAUACAUCGAGUUUUCAGGUCUUGAAUCCAAGAUGAAGUGGGUGAAGAAGCACGAUAACUUAAUUGUCCUUCGUACAUUUAGCAAAAGAGCUGGUUUAGCUGGACUUCGUGUUGGAUAUGGAGCAUUUCCUCUGAGCAUAAUUGAGUAUCUUUGGCGAGCAAAGCAACCUUAUAAUGUUUCUGUUGCCGCUGAAGUUGCUGCAUGUGCAGCUUUGCAGAACGCUACAUAUCUGGAGAAUGUGAAAGAGAUGUUGAUACAAGAAAGGGAGAGGCUCUUUAAACUUCUGAAGGAAAUACCAUUUCUCAAUCCAUAUCCAAGCUAUUCAAAUUUUAUUCUUUGUGAGGUUACUUCCGGAAAGAAUGCUAAGAAACUAAAGGUAUAUAUUCUUUUCCUGCAAAUCCUUGCUUUUACAUAG